AGUAUCAGACGGUCCGCCACGCCGUGCGGACGCGUCGCUCUGCCGCUCUGUACCGCAUACAGCUGUCAGUUACCGGGACCGCAGUGCUAAGGGACUGUGUACUUUGUGAAUCUAGUGCUGUUUUUGACAGUUUCAGCUGAGUCUGUUGUGUUGUGUAGAGCGUUAGAAGCGUGUGAUGCGCUCGUGAAGUGAUGUUCAUCAAAGCCGGGCCUCCGGCCGAGGAGGAGCGCCGGGGUUCGGUCUCCAACUGGUUUUCUUCACUACGGCGGGGCGGACGACGGCGGCGCGAGGAACCCUCACCGUCUAACUACGGCUCUCUGGGCCGGCGUAAGGACACGCAGCCCCGCGGCAAGACCAGGUCUGCCUGGGACCUAACAUCUGUAUCUAGACUGCAACUCAAAGAUGAGCUCGGCGAGGUGGUCGCAGAGUUGGAGGCCCUGGACGGGCAGGAGGAGUGCAAACAGAAUAGCAAGGCCAAACAGAUGAGCAUCGGCAGGAAAAAGUUCAACAUGGACCCCAAGAAAGGUAUCGAAUACUUGUACGAGAAUGGUCUCCUCCAGAGGACACCCGAGGAUGUAGCACAAUUCCUUCACAAGGGCGAGGGCCUGAGCAAAACCGCCAUCGGGGAUUACCUCGGCGAGCGCUCGGACUUCAACGAGGCUGUGUUGCGUGCCUUCGUGGAGCUGCACGACUUCACGGACCUUAUUCUGGUGCAGGCACUAAGACAAUUCCUCUGGAGCUUCCGUCUCCCCGGCGAGGCCCAGAAGAUCGACCGCAUGAUGGAGUGCUUCGCGCAGCGCUACUGCCAGCUCAACCCGGACAUCUUCACCAACGCCGACACCUGCUACGUGCUCAGCUUCGCCAUUAUCAUGCUCAAUACUUCGCUACACAACCCUAGUGUUAAAGAAAAACCUGGGCCUGAGCAGUUUGUCGCUAUGAACAGAGGGAUCAACAAUGGAGGGGACUUACCACAUGAAUUACUCUUGUCAUUAUACGAGUCUAUAAAGACGGAGCCGUUCAAGAUACCGGAGGACGACGGAAACGAUCUCAUGCAUACGUUCUUCAAUCCGGACAAGGAGGGGUGGCUAUGGAAGCAAGGCGGCAGAUACAAGUCGUGGAAGAGACGGUGGUUUAUACUCAACGAUAACUGCCUGUACUACUUCGAAUACACGACGGACAAGGAGCCAAGGGGCAUCAUUCCACUUGAAAAUAUAUCUGUGCGGCCGGCGGCGGACCGCGCGCGGCCGCACUGCCUGGAGCUGUACGCGAGCGGCGGCGCGGACCUCAUCAAGGCCUGCAAGACCGACUCCGAGGGGAAGGUCGUCGAGGGGAAGCACACCGUCUACAGAAUGUCAGCAUCAGCGGCGGAGGAGCGCGACGAGUGGAUCGAGUGCCUGCGCCGCUCCAUCAGCCACAACCCCUUCUACGACAUGCUCGCACAGCGCAAGAAGAAGGCGCAGCACCAGCACAACCAUCCCGCGCACUAGCCACUACCCACGCCCACACACUACUCACUACACACGGCACACUCCACACUGAACGCCACGCCUAUCGUGCGUGUCUCCGAAGGUUCAUAUUGAGCUGUAGCCACACGAGUCAGUUGACGAUGGCGAUCAAAAAGUUAAUGGACUUUUGCCCGGUUUAUUACCCGAACGGCACGAUGGUUUUGGCUAAACGAGCUCAUACCGUUACGGAAUUGAUAAGACUUAUACAGAGUGGCUAAAAAAAUACGUGCAUUCCCGUU